CAGGUCUGUGGAGUAGUUUACUCGAAGAUAUUUUGGUUCUGAUCUCACAGCGCAGCGAUACAUCAGUAUCAGGAUGAUGAGCCGCCAAAGAGCCGUAAGGCCGAACAGCAGGUGGAUGGGUACAAGACUCUGAACCCUCAUCGAUUGAUUGAAAUCUGCAGGCCAUGGCACUCCGAGCGGAAAAUGAAGACCUUAUCAAGGCCAACAAGCUUCUGGCAAAAGUGAACGAGAAACUGCAGAAAGACGUCGAGCAGCUUGCGAAGUCAACCCAGCAGUGCAGGAGCACACAGGGCCAGAGAUCGGCAGCGGGGAGCGAAGAAGCGAAGAAAUCGAAGGGAGGAAGAGAGAAAGAGAUGCUCGAGGACAUGGCGAUCAAGAGGAGGCUGGCAGCUGAGGUUGAGUUCGCUAAGAAACGCCUGGCUGCUGCCAAGGAGGUCAGUCCAUGCCCUCUUUCUUCUCCAUGGGAUGUUGUGUCUCCUCCCCUGGUUCUGUUUUCUUCCUUCCAACACUUCACAGGCUGCAAGCUCCUCGAAGGCGAGCGGGAAAGCGGGAACCAAGAGGUUUGCAAGGGAGCCUGACAGGCACAGACAGCUGACCCCUCUUUCCAGGUGCUUCGACGUCGAGAGCUGCUCUCAGGAAUACGAAGAGUGAACCAUUGCUUCCGUC